AUAUACAAACAAUUAAACAUGAUUCAUGAUAUUUUACUAUCGUGCAUGAGCUUGAGCCGAAAGGGAAUUGGCAUUAAAAGUUUUCUUGCAACAAAUGUUGUUGAAGAAUUCAUGCAUCCUUGUGAGAGGGCCAUUUUUGAGAAAAUUAUUGAUAUCUUAAGCAGCCUAAAUGAAAUUGUACGAUUCGCUAAGUUCUUUGGAGGCGUCAGUCAACGCGACAUUUCGGACUUUUCGGAUGCGCAUGAGUACUCAGCGGGUUAUUACCUAAGGAAUUUCGCCCAGGGCAUCGAAAGUGCUCUCGAUGAUUAUUAUAAAGAAACAGCAGAACUGGAAACUAUAACCGAACAAAACACAACGCAUUCUUUAAAUUAUAUUUACAACUCUCUGGAACAACAUCUACCAAUUAUAAUUUUUUUGCGUAAACUAAUUAACGAUGCCAGAAUACAGAAACUAAAUGGCUGUCAGCUGCUAGAAAAUCUGCAUGUCUCUUAUGAUCACGGAGAUAUUCGUCUGAAGAAAAUAAUCAACAAAGUUUCGAGGCCCGUAAAAUUGGCUUUCUUGUCGCACCUGACGCACUGGCUCUUGUUUGGCAUUAUUGAUGAUGAAUACGCAGAGUUCUUUAUAAACUAUAGACCAAACGAAGGCGUUGCAAAGACUUCCUGUGAUAAAUCUUACACAAGCACUAAUAGUCCGCCGAGCAUAUUGAGCGAGGAGGAGAUAUGGCAAUAUGAGAUCAGAUUUAGUCAGUUACCAAGUUUUGUGUCAGCCGUUUUAGCUGAAAAGAUAUUAUUCGUCGGACAGACGGUACUCGUUUUUAAAUUAGAUCGACGCAAGAUUAAAACUGAUUCUUGGAUAUCGAAAUCGCAAGCACCAUUCUGUGAUGAUAUCGGUGAGCUUUGGAAUGGCAAGGAAGGAAUGUUUUGUAAUCUGAUUGAAGAUCUAAAUCAGGAUGAUAAGAUCGAUGUGUUUGAAUUGGAAAGAGCUAUUAAUCAAAUCAAAAAAUACGUUAGCCAACGUUUGUCGGAAAUAGCAGUGAUUGAAGAUGAUUUGGAGCGUCAAUUGUGUCUCAUCAAAGACUUUUACCUGUUGGGACGAGGCGAAUUUUAUUUGGAAUUCUUUCGUCAAUUAUAUGAAAGCUCAGAAAAUUUUGCAGAACUAAAUAACAAAAACUACACCAAAGCUUUUGAGAUUGCAGCAAACGUAAUGGCAACUGCUGAUGAUUUGGAGAACUUUUCAUUGAGUGUUCAGAAAACAACCAUCGAUUUAGACGAGAGUUGUGAAUUUGCAUUGUUUCAAAAUCUUCAUCUGAAAUACAUAUAUAAAUGGCCAUUGAACCUUUUGUUUUCCCCAACGACCGUAGAACGUUACAAUACCGUUUUUCGUUUUCUAUUAACUGUUCGAAAAAUACAGUAUGAUCUUCAACUUGUUUGGGCUCGUCACAAAUGGACAUCUAAAACUGGGAAUCCAGUCGAUAUCAAGAUUAUUAGUUUACGGAAUCAUUUAAUGUUUUUUUUGGACAACUUACAGUAUUACAUACAGGUUGAUGUACUCGAAUGCCAGUUCAGUAUGCUCAUGAAUGUGAUUGCCAGUAAAGCCGAUUUUGAAGAAAUUCAAAGAGCUCAUUCAGUAUUUCUUGCCAAUGUACUUUCACAAUGCUUUCUGCUGACAGAUGAAACGGAUAAAAAGAUAAAUACUUCACAGCCAGCGCGUCAUUCCCAAUAUCCGGUUUAUGGAACCAUCCUCGAAAUAUUUAGUUUAUGUGAGAAAUUUAGUGUAGUGAAUGAACACAAUUUAGAUGAUGUCGACAGGCUCGAGGAUAGAUUUAACGUUGCCAUCUCUGGAUUAAUAAAAUUAUUGGUUAACAUUAAGAGCGCAUCCAGUUUUGGUGCACUUUCGCAGCUCUUAUUAAGAUUGGAUUUCAAUCGUUGGUUUAGUUUAAAAAGACAUGAAGUCGCAGCACUAUAAAUA